AUGUUCGAGCCAGAUCUUAUUUUCAAAUAUUAAGAGCCAAUCAACAAAGAAAAUAUGUAAUUGCUUAAAUAGAUACAAUAAGUAAUAAUUAGAUAAAAUACCUCACUGUAUUUUUACAAAAACAACCAAAAGCAGAUUUAAAUAUUCCAACUUGCCAUCAUCUUAAUCACGAAAAUAUGCAAAAUGACAUAAUGA